UCAACGGAACCGGAAGAGGAAAACGCAUGGAUUAGUGUGUUUACAACUCACAUCAUUCCUGGGUACACCCGGCAUCAUCCUGCUGUCCAAAACAGACCCAUGCAGUUUGCAUUUGCAGGUUGGUGCUGCACAGGACAUAGCGUAUCUUCUAAUACAGCACCUAUUAUACUUUCGUAGUGAGGACUCAGGGUUGUUAUUAAGAAGCGGCUGUGUGGUAUCUGCCGCAGCGUCGAGCCACCCACCAUCUGUGGAAGUGGGACAAGGGAACAGAUGGCGCAUCCAAGCCGGCCUGCAGGGCUGCUGACGCUGACUCUUAGGACAGCGCUGGAGAUGAGUAGUAGUCAUUAAAAUUAACAAAAAGGGCUGUCGUCGCCUGUUGUACGGCAUAUAUUUGCAGACUUUACGAUGUCAGAGUGACGUGGAAGAGAGCGUCUGACAGACAGCAUCGCAAAUCGACCAAAUUGGUGCGCCACGACUCGACCACUGGCAACAACUUAAUCCCCUUUGACUUGUCUCUGGCUCGAUGAACAAUGGUUGACAAUCGCUACGCUACAGCUCUGGUCAUCGCCUGCGUGUUGAGCAUACUGGCCACCGUCUAUCUGUCGGUGGCCAUCGGCACGCAGCACUGGUACCAGUACAGCAGCCCCACCGUGCGCGGGGAGGCCAACGUGUCCGAGCUGCGCUCCCUGUAUGAGGAGUUCAUGGACGGGGAGUUUGAUGAGAAAACAUACAGCGACACACUGUUUCGUCUCAACGGGACCGUGGGCCUCUGGUGGCGGUGUGUGCUCGUUCCUGCCAACGCUCACUGGUACAAAGAGCCAGAUGCGAAGGUGGCGCUUGAAUGUCGAAGCUUCACUCUACCUCAGCAGUUCACUCCCAAGUACAAAGAGCCAGGAAACCACAACAGUGGAGAGGACAUGCUGCGCACCUACUUGUGGAGGUUCCAGUUUCUGUUGCCACUGGUGUCCCUGGGUUUGGUGGUAUUGGCAGGUUUGACUGGAUUCUGCGCCUGCCUCUGCCGAAGCCUCACCCCCACCCUCGGCAUAGGGGUCCUUCACCUGCUGGCUGGUCUCUGCACCUUAGCCACGGUGUGCUGCUACUUGGCGGGGAUGGACCUGCUCCACAGGGUGUCGAUGCUUCCUGAUAAGGUGGAUGGCUCCCUGGGGUGGUCUCUCUACUUGGCCCUGAUUUCCUCACCACUGCACAUGAUGGCCGCCGCACUGCUAGUGUGGGCGGCACGCAGCCACAGUCAGAACUACUAUCGCAUGACGGCAUACCGGGUGGCAUAGAUGGAGAUUCAGUUCCAGCUUCAGGAAUGGGAUGUGGGUUAAUCUUUGUGUAUUUUGCCCAACGAUGGAUUAAAGUGCAUGUACUCUAUAGUAACGACCCUGUCUGCUGCAUUAAAAGAUUUGAUUUUUAUCCCUCUA